GCUGCGCUGGCUUAUGACGUUAGUCCGGUGCGACUUCCUGCGUGGAACAUGGCGUCUUGGAGUGGUGUCCGCUGGCUGACCCGAGCAGCUGUUGCCGCCCGGAACCCUGGGGCAUGGAGAGGUCUGAGUAUCUCGGCCCCUGCGAAUGCGGCUUCUCAGGCUCAAGACGUGAGGGUGGAGGGCGCAUUUCCUGUGACCAUGCUGCCAGGAGACGGUGUGGGGCCGGAGCUCAUGCAUGCUGUCAAGGAGGUGUUCAAGGCUGCUUCUGUUCCGGUCGAGUUCCAGGAACACCACCUGAGUGAGGUGCAGAAUAUGGCCUCUGAGGAGAAGCUGGACCAGGUGCUGAACUCUAUGAAGGAGAACAAAGUGGCCAUAAUUGGAAAGAUCCAUACCCCAAUGGAGUACAAGGGGGAACUAGCUUCCUAUGAUAUGCGGCUAAGGCGUAAGUUGGACUUGUUUGCCAACGUAGUCCAUGUGAAGUCUCUUCCUGGGUAUAUGACUCGACACAACAAUCUAGAUCUGGUGAUUAUUCGAGAGCAGACAGAAGGGGAAUACAGCUCUCUGGAGCAUGAGAGUGCAAGGGGUGUGAUUGAGUGCUUGAAGAUUGUUACUCGAACCAAAUCUCAGCGGAUCGCAAAGUUUGCAUUUGACUAUGCCACUAAGAAGGGAAGGAGCAAGGUCACAGCUGUCCACAAGGCCAAUAUCAUGAAACUUGGGGAUGGGUUAUUCCUCCAAUGCUGUGAGGAAGUUGCUGAACUAUACCCCAAAAUCAAGUUUGAGACAAUGAUCAUAGACAACUGCUGUAUGCAGCUGGUGCAGAAUCCUUACCAGUUUGAUGUGCUCGUGAUGCCUAAUCUCUAUGGGAACAUUAUUGAUAAUCUGGCUGCUGGCCUGGUUGGGGGAGCUGGUGUGGUCCCUGGUGAGAGCUACAGUGCAGAGUAUGCAGUUUUUGAGACGGGUGCCCGACACCCAUUUGCCCAGGCAGUGGGCAGGAAUAUAGCCAACCCCACAGCCAUGCUGCUGUCAGCUUCCAACAUGCUUCGGCAUCUCAAUCUUGAGUAUCACUCCAGCAUGAUUGCAGAUGCAGUGAAGAAGGUGAUCAAAGUUGGCAAGGUGCGGACUCGAGACAUGGGCGGCUACAGCACCACAACGGACUUCAUCAAGUCUGUCAUCGGCCAUCUACACCCCCAUGGGGUCUAGAACCCUUUAUUCCCUCCAACCUCACAAGGACCAUUACUAUCUACACACCCAUCCCUUCUGUUCAGUGGACCAGUGAAGAGACCUUGGCCUCUAGACAGUGGAUCAUAAUUGCUUUCCUGGGCAGCGCCUAGGUCAUCCCAAGGCUGGCUUCCUUAGGGAGCUGUGUAUGUUGAGUGACGAUGGUGGGUUAUCAGGGAUGGCACGUUGGCCACAGGAUGAUUGCCAUUCUCCCCCACAGGUUCGGACCUCCGACAUGGGUGGCUAUGCUACUUGCCAUGACUUCACUGAGGCUGUCAUUGAUGCCCUGUCCCACUCAUAGGUCCUGCCCACACCUGUACAAGGUGUUCAAUAAAGCAUAUGUAC